AUGGCAACGCCUCCAGAGGAAGAUCCCCAAGAACUGGGUGCGGAGGAUCCUGUCAUCGAUAUUGACCAUAAUAAACAGGCUACGGAGAAUGAUUCAACCUACGGAGAUGAGCUAACAUACCAUGCCUAUAAAGACGGCAGCUAUUUCUUCCCCAACGACGAAGCAGAGUCCAAUCGGAUGGAUAUGAAGCACGAGGCGGCUCUGACCAUGUUGGACGGAAAGUUGUUUGUUUCACCGGUUAAAACCCCACGGCGGAUCCUGGACCUCGGGACUGGAACCGGAAUCUGGGCUAUCGAUGUGGCCGACCAACAUCCAGAGGUGGAGGUCACUGGGAUUGAUUUAAGCCCUACACAGCCUCUAUUUGUGCCGCCUAACCUGAAAUUCGUUGUCGACGACAUGGAAGCCGAGUGGCUCUACACGGAAUCCUUCGACUUGAUCCAUGCUCGGUACCUAGUUGGCGCUCUGGAGGAUCCGGCCCAGUCGCACGGUAGACAUACCACCCCCGGUGGCUGGUUCGAGUUCCACGAGAUGCAUACCAAAGUAAGAUCUCCCGACGGCACUCACCAAGGGACACACAUUGCCAAUUUCUUCGACGUUCUCCGUGAUUCAUUCGCCAAGCGGGGCCGUUCCAUGGAUUCCGCUCUCUACCUGGAGAAAUGGUUUCGAGACGCUGGUUUCGUCGAUAUCACGGUGAAGAAAAUCCAGGCCCCCAUCGGUGCCUGGCCGAAAGACCCCAAUCUGAAAAGAAUCGGACUCUGGAUGUACCUGGUUUUGGACGCCGGGUUUGAAGGAUUAGCCAUGGCGGUGUUGACUCGAUUUGAGCAGUGGACGCCAGAGGAAGUGACUGUCCUGGCGGCGUUGGCUCGGAAGGAUAUCAAGGAUCCUAAAAUACACGCCAUGUUCUAUGAUUAUCUUGUCUACGGUCGUCGGCCUGAGUAA